ACUAGGAAUAGCUCGGCUGAUAACAAAUGAUUAUUUCCUCCUUUUGUCUUCUAUUCAACAAAAAUCCGUCGGCACUGACUAAAAUCAGAUUUUCAAACAAAACAUGGCCAAGAAGCCGGGGACUACUCAGGCUCUUCAUAAAGUGAUAAUGGUUGGUAGUGGAGGUGUGGGAAAGUCAGCUUUAACACUUCAAUUCAUGUACGAUGAGUUUGUGGAGGACUACGAGCCAACGAAAGCUGAUUCGUACAGGAAGAAAGUUGUCCUAGAUGGUGAGGAAGUACAAAUUGAUAUACUAGAUACUGCUGGUCAAGAGGAUUAUGCUGCUAUCAGGGACAAUUACUUUCGCAGUGGAGAGGGUUUCCUCUGCGUUUUCUCCAUUACUGAGGACGACAGUUUUCAGGCCACUCAAGAGUUUAGGGAACAAAUUCUAAGAGUUAAAAACGACGAAAACAUUCCCUUUUUACUAGUCGGUAACAAGAGUGAUCUCCAGGAGAAGCGAAAAGUGAGUCUGGCAGAGGCUCAAGCUAGAUCUCAACAGUGGGGUGUACCCUACGUUGAAACGAGCGCGAAGACUAAAGAGAAUGUCGACAAGGUAUUCUUUGAUUUAAUGCAAUCAAUCGCAACGCGCAAAGCGCGUGAGAAUCAAAUUGAAGGAGCUGAACGUAAAAAUAAUAAACGUUGUUGCAUCCUCCUCUAACAACACCCGGAAUAAGCUUUUAUUAUCGUUUCAGACAAAGUACGUUAAAUAUAGUUACAUAUACAUACAUAAAUAUAUAUUUUUUGCAUAUUAUUUAAAGAAAAAAAACAUUGACUAAACACCAUUUUCAUCUUAUUCACUUACGUAUGUAAGACAUGAGUGAAUGUGAACGAGUGAACGGGUCCAUUUGAAUGCGCUUGUAAACAGGUAUUUGCAAUACUUUGCAGCGAAUUGAUGCAUUAUCCCUACCUCCAAACAUACGCGAGGGACCUAUCGAACGAUUCAACAUUCAAUAUUCUAAAUCGAAUAAUUUCACGACGUGCAUCAUAAUUUUUGUAAAAUUUCCGAUGAAAAAUUCUACAUGCGACGACGACUUGACAUGUAGUGGAUGAACUAAAUCAAUGGAAGAGCGAAAGAAUAAACUAAAUGCCACGAAGCAAUUCACCUUUAUGUAACCAUCGUCACCGAGCGUUCUCAAUUUUUUGCCUUUUGUGCAAUCGAAGAAAACAAAAAAAUACUUCGCGAAUACUCACCUUUUCGUUGUAAAGCUUGUGAACCUAGCUAACUUCUCAUUUUUGUAUAUAUUUUGUAUGUCUUUAAUACACAAUAAAUUUAAUGGUCGCAG